UGUGAUUUCUCCACGUAUCUAAAUCCCACAAAGUAUUGAUCCUGCUUCGUUUUCGCAAGAAAGACGCGAGGCAGAGUAGAGGAGUUGUAACCCUAAAUCCCACAAAGUCUUCUCAUCCGCAAGCAGUUCUCCGACGAAACAAUAUGAGUGUUACCAACAAUACACCGCUGAUACUUUGCGCUGGUCGUAAGACAUGUGUGUUUUGGGAUGUAGAGGAUUACCCAAUCCCAGAUGGUAUUGAUCCUGCUUCGUUUUCUCUGAAUAUCAAAGAAGCUAUCAAGAAGCAGGUGAAGAGGUUUCAAUCCAGGUUUACGUUCCGGAUGAUGAUGAAAUUGCGACGUAAAUAUGAGGAUGCUGGCUUCAUCAUCAAAUCCGAUCCCCAUGAUGGUAAAGAUGCGAGAAUUUGUACCAUGUUUGUGGAAUUGAUGUUGUGGGCAUUUGAAAAUCCUAAACCGACGAAUGUCAUUGUGCUGGCAAAAAACAUCGGAGACGACAUGGGUUAUCGUCUCGGAGGUCUGUAUGGCAGAGGUCAGGCUAUUCUCUUAUCCCAAUCUGAUCCAGAAUGGGACCUUCUUCCUAGUGAAGUCUCAACUUGGUUUUUGACUAGCCUAUUCAAUGGCCCUAGCGGUACCUCACAACGUCUUGACAAUAAGAAGCAGAAGAUGUUCUCUCAUAAGGAUCACAUGCGUCAUGGUUCAACAACAAUCACAGUGGAGGAUGCAUGCUGCUUGCAUGACUUAAGAUUGUAUAUGCUUCUGCUUUUUGUAAAAUUUAUAAAAACAUGAUAAUAUUCAACAUCA